GAAGGCCUCUUGUUUGUUUGUUUCCUGGGAAAAAAGUUGAUACGAAAUACUACUAGAGGAAUCCACAGAAUCCGCAUCUUCUAAAAUGCCACUCAGAAAACCGCCCCCUGUAUGAGGAUCCAUUUUCCCUCCUAUAAAAAUCUCUCCACUCUCAUUCCUUCCCUACCAACAAUCUCACUCCUAUUCAAUUUCCUUCUAAAAUUUUCCUCUCUAAUAUCAUCAGACUCUCUUUUUCCUGAAAAUUAUCAGCUCUCUUUGGAAGGAUUAUAGUAUUCCAAAGGAAACAUCCUAUGGACACCAAGAUUGGAUCGCUUGAGACCUGCAAACCCACCUGCAACGACAUCGGAAGCGGACCAAACGGUGACGUCUCCACCAUCCAGAACUCCGUCACAUCAACACUCAUCAAGGAUUACGAGGCAACCCUCGGCCGCCACCUCGCUCGCCGCCUUGUCCAAAUCGGUGUCACCGAUGUCUUUUCCGUGCCCGGGGACUUUAAUCUUACCCUGCUCGACCAUUUGAUCGCCGAGCCGGGGCUCAAGCUGAUUGGCUGCUGUAACGAGCUUAAUGCCGGGUAUGCUGCUGAUGGUUUCGCAAGGUCGCGUGGCGUCGGUGCUUGCGUGGUUACUUUCACCGUCGGUGGGCUCAGCGUGCUUAAUGCAAUAGCUGGGGCUUACAGCGAGAAUCUUCCAGUCAUUUGCAUCGUCGGUGGCCCAAACUCAAACGAUUAUGGGACUAACAGGAUUCUUCAUCACACUAUUGGUUUGCCUGACUUCAGCCAAGAGCUUAGAGCUUUCCAGACUGUGACCUGCUAUCAGGCUGUGGUGAAUAACUUGGAGGAUGCACAUGAACAGAUUGAUACUGCGGUAUCAACUGCUUUGAAAGAGAGCAAGCCUGUUUACAUCAGUAUAAGCUGUAACUUGCCAGCAAUCCCUCAUCCCACUUUUGUUCGUGAACCUGUUCCAUUUUUCCUCUCCCCCAGAUUGAGUAAUCACCUGGGUUUAGAGGCAGCUGUGGAGGCAACUGCAGAGUUCUUGAACAAGGCAGUUAAACCAGUCUUGGUUGGUGGACCUAAACUGCGGGUUGCAAAAGCAGGCGAUGCAUUUGUUGAGCUUGCCGACGCUAGCGGCUACGCGGUUGCGGUCAUGCCAUCAGCUAAAGGCCUUGUUCCUGAGCACCACCCUCAUUUCAUUGGGACUUACUGGGGUGCGGUGAGCACUGCAUUCUGUGCUGAGAUAGUGGAAUCUGCGGAUGCUUACUUGUUUGCAGGGCCUAUUUUCAAUGACUACAGUUCUGUUGGCUACUCUCUGCUUCUUAAGAAGGAGAAAGCUAUCAUCGUGCAGCCUGAUCGUGUGGUGGUUGCAAAUGGGCCUGCUUUUGGGUGUGUUUUGAUGAAAGAUUUUCUCAAAGCGCUGGCCAAACGUCUGAAGAAGAACGAUACUGCUUAUGAGAAUUAUCAUAGGAUUUUUGUGCCUGAAGGGCAGCCUGUGAAAGGUGAUCCUGUAGAACCCUUAAGGGUUAAUGUUCUGUUCCAGCACAUACAAAAUAUGCUGUCUGGUGACAGUGCCGUGAUUGCUGAGACAGGGGAUUCUUGGUUUAACUGUCAGAAGCUGAAACUGCCAAAGGGAUGCGGGUAUGAAUUCCAGAUGCAAUAUGGAUCUAUUGGAUGGUCAGUUGGUGCCACUCUUGGGUAUGCACAGGCUGUGCCAGAGAAGCGUGUUAUUGCAUGCAUUGGUGAUGGUAGCUUCCAGGUGACGGCACAAGAUGUGUCAACAAUGAUAAGAUGUGGGCAGAAAAGCAUCAUUUUCCUCAUAAAUAAUGGUGGAUACACCAUUGAAGUUGAGAUCCAUGAUGGUCCAUACAAUGUGAUCAAGAACUGGAACUACACUGCCCUAGUUGAUGCAAUUCACAAUGGGGAAGGCAAGUGCUGGACAGCCAAGGUUCGGUGUGAGAAAGAACUCAUUGAAGCAAUCUCUGCUGCAACAGGGCCCAAGAAGGAUUGUUUGUGCUUCAUUGAGGUGAUAGUUCACAAGGAUGAUACUAGCAAAGAGCUUCUUGAAUGGGGUUCCAGGGUGUCUGCUGCAAAUAGUCGCCCACCAAAUCCUCAGUAGACUCUUCUUCUAGCUCACUGCAACAAUUGGGUUAUUCCAAGUAGAUGAGAAACUCUUAUAUUGCUCCUAAAGGUUAGUAAGUUAUGAGUAUAUGUUGUAUUCAAAGAGUUUGAUUGUAUUUUGCGGGUUUCAUGUUGGUGUUUGAUGUAAAUUUCCUUUGAAUUUGAUUAUAUGAAAGAACCCCAAGUCUUCUGGUUUUCAUUUCUCUCUUUGUUUUGUCGAUGGCUCCAUGUGACAAGGAAGAACAUUGGUGUAAAAUUCACAUGCAAACAACGCGGGACAACCACGUUCUGCACGGUGCUGGGCCCAAGAAGAAAAAACAAAAACAAAAAUCUCCACGGACCGAGACUGUCAAUUCUUAAUUGCUGAAAAUAGCCAAAAGAAAAAGAAAAGAAAUAGUAGGAGUGGAUUCCACGGAUUAAUUGCAGAAAUAUUUCUAUUAGUAGUUAAGCGAACAAUACUGUUUCUUUUCUUGAUCUAGUAAAAACCAAAGAUGUUAUGUGAAUGAUUUAAUAAAUCAAGAUUGAUUUGGAGUUGGACCCA